UUUGUACAAAUGAUGAAGAAACUUUUGACUACAAUAGUUAUUCUUUGUUCGUUAAUCAAUCCCAUUUGAGGUGGUAAAACUCACUGAUGUCACCAGGAAAUGAGACCAAAGAUAUAUGAACAAAAAUUUGGUAUAAAGGAAAAUCAAAAUAGCUCUUCAGAUAUUGAGCAUAUGAUAUUUCAAGCUUGUAAUGACAUAGAGAUUCGCUUUGAGAGAGAGCUGGGACAAGAAAUUGAAUUAGAGCAUAAUUUCACUGGCAAAUGGGCCACAAUUGACCAAAAUCAUUCUAGAAUAAAGGGAACUCCUACUGUCAAUGAUAUUGGUAGUUAUACUAUCAAUGUUGUUUAUAAGAGUCAAUCUGGAUCCAGAGUAUCAAGAAAUAUAUCGGUAGAGAUCUGCGGGAACUUAUCUGCUAGUUCUUUGAAAAAUUGCAGCAGUGAAUCUACUGAAAAUGUUUCUCAAAUUUUGGAUUAUCGAAAGAUAGCGCCUUUGAAGAUUCCGCAAAUGCAGAAAAAUGAGAUUUCUCAUACCAAAUCUGUUGAGAUUCCUCUGAAUCAAAAUACAAUAGUGAAAGAUAAUCAAACUGAAGAAAAGACAAACGAUGAUACAAAUUGGAUAUUAAAAAAUCUAGUGCAUAGAAACCUGCAGCCUACCUCAAACCAAGCUCCUCACUUCAGUUCAGGUGUGCCAAGCAUCCCUUCUGCUACUAUAUCCCAUCUGUACACUACCUCCAUACAUAGAUCUUGGUUUACAGAUCCUGAGGAUGACUUAUUCCUAGUCACAGGUGUCGAUAUUAGCCCAAAGGAUUACUCUACUUCUUUUAAUCCCACCACUGGAAUGUUCUCUAUGUUUCCCAUUGACAAUAGCCUGACUGGGUCUUACACCUUAUUGGUUACAGUAACUGAUUACGACGGCCAGCCAGGAACGGAGACGACUAUUCACAACGUAACUUUGGAAAUCCCUUUAAUGAUCUUACCCAAUGCAGCCCCAUAUUUGUUAAAACCUCUGAAGGAACUCGGGUAUAUGGUCAAAGGAUUUGAAUUGUCUCAUUGUAUUCCUAAGAUUUAUUUCAGAGAUCCUGAAGGUGAUGAGAUCAUCUACAAUGCCUUCUUAAAGAAAGGAACAAGUAGCCAACUCCAAUGGCUAGUUAUAGAAGAGACAGAAGAAUGUAUUCAACUUUCAGGGACACCAACUAUUUGAAAUGUUGAAGAUAAAUUAGUAAUCCAGCUAAGCAACAAUAUCCUGAACCAGGCUCCCACAGUUAUUGAAAUGGACAUUAGUGUUCACACUUGAGCCUAUUCUCCUAAUAUUGUUAACGCAAAAGCCCCACCGAAUGGGUAUUACGGAGUGGAAUACACGUACACUUUUAAAUUUGAAUGGAUUCAGGAACAACUAAAUCUAGGGAUGACUCGGUUCCAACCAUACCAUCCUUGGAUAAUUUAUGAUAGCCAUCUCUCAAUUUCGCCAUCAGGAUGGGUUACCAUUAAAGGAACACCAAGCUUUUACACUUCAGAUCCGAAUAAAUUUAUGACAACUAUUUUUGUAUCUAAAUAUGGUGAAAUUAUCUAUCGUAAUAUUGAUCUUUCAGCCAUUUUUACUGAACCAUAUCCACCAGUAUUUUUACAAGAGAUUUCCCCUGGAAUCCUAGAAAAUAUAAAAAUUGAGGUCCCUAAUGGGUUGGAGUUGGACUUUGGAGAAGACAAAGUUAUUGACCUUGAAGGAACCCCUAUUACAUUUUUAAUUGAAACCGAUCAGCCCUCUCCUCAAGGUAUGGAAUUUUUCAACAACGGAACGAUCAGGAUUCACCAAACCAAUGACUCGAUGGUGGGAGAUUACUUGAUAACAGUCAGUGCUCAGACUCAAUACAAUGCUAGAUCUGAUGCCAAGUUUACACUUUCAAUUAUUAAAAACUCAUCACCGGUUAGUAAGAACAAUUUAAUUGCGGAUAUACAAACUCAGCCAGGAAACUCUUUGCAUGUGAGAUUGGGAGACCCUUAUGAAUUGUUUGAUGAUCCAAACUCACUUGAAAUGACAGCCUCUCUUUCAAGCAGUUCAGGUGGAGAUAUACCAUCAUUUGUUCAAUAUUAUGCUUCCAAUCAUUCAAUACUGCUAACUCCAAAAGUUGAACAGAUUGGGAUGUACCAGGUGAAGUAUACAGCCACAAACCAGAAUGGCUAUAGUGGAGAAAUAUUCUUCAAAAUAUAUGUAAAUCCUUGAUACUAUACAUGAGAAACUUGAUCUGGAGAAAAUGUAAACCAAUGCUUUACUUGUGCUUCUGGUUAUUACUUUAGCCAGAAUUCUUGCGUUAAUCCAUGUCCUGGAGGAUAUUUCAUCAAUCCAGGAGCUCAGGAAUGACAAAAAUGUCAGGAUUAUUGUCAGUCUUGCACUAGUUCAUCAACCUGUGACAAAUGAGAACCCGGAAGUUUCUCGUAUCAAGAUAGUUGUUACCAGACUUGCCCAGAUGGGUUCUACGGUGAUACAGAGACUUGGAGUUGCCAGCCUUGUCAUGAGAGCUGUACAAAAUGAUUUGCGCCAUCUCAGAGUCAAUGAACAGAAUGAAAUUCAACCUUAUUGUACUCAUUGUUAGAGACAACCUGAAAUUUAGUAGUGUGAGUCAGCAACCAGUAUCUUAACAAAACAGAUUUGGCUUGUCAUGACUGUAUUGAGGGCUGAGAUUCAUGCAAGUUUGAAACUCAUGAUCAGUGCCAGCAAUGAGCAAGCGGAUAUAUAAUGAUUACUGAUACCAAAACAUGAUCCCCUUGAGAUAGCCUCCCAGGAUACACAACAGACAAUUACGGUAACUGAAUUGAAAUUUGAGGUGAUGGAGUUGAUAAAGGACAGUAUCAAUGAGAUGAUGGCAAUCUUCUCAAUGGAGAUGGAUGCUCAGACACAUGACAAGUUGAGGUUGGCUAUGUCUGAGAAAAUGGUAUUUGAAGAGAAGUUACUCCCCCUUCAGGAAGAAUAUCUUAUGUAUCUCCAAGAAAUAUCUUAACAAUCAAUUUCACGGAGCCUGUUGUGAUAAAAGACUUUGAUAAGUUCCAAAAGUCUUUGAGAGUAGAUAUUUUAGGACCGCUAUACUAUAACUAUGAUUUUCAGGUUUACGAUCCAGGAAAUGCUACCAAGGAUGCUGAUAAUAUAACUGAGUUCAAGCUCAGGAUAUUCAAUAUCAAGACACAUUUAUACGGAAGCAAUAGAGAAACUAUCAGAAUAGAGAUUAAGAAUGCUUCUCUGAUAGAGGAUUUGAAUGGAAAUAUUCUUUCUCAAAACUCCUUCGUUGGAAGCCUCAACAAAUUUGAGUAUAUUUCAGAAGAUACCCUCAGAAAUGUCGACACAAUGGGAGGAAGUGUAGAAAUCUCGAUCAUACUGGUAUUCGUAGUAAACUUGCUCUUCCAGCUGUCUAUGUCCUCCUCUGAUUCUUUCAUGUGGUCUCUGAUCCAUUCUUUACAGAUUAUUCGGUACAUCUUUUUAGUAAAUGUCAAAGUCCCACAAAUCUUUGAAGUAUUCAUAAAAUACCUAGCAAUCACAAUCGGAGAGGUUGAUAAAAUUUAUGGAUUCAUUCCAAAUUGGUUCUCUGCAUAUGUAGUAGAUACUUCUGAAUUAACCGAAGGAGUUACAAUUGGCGAAAAGUUUGCUGAAAAUGGAUAUAUAUUUCCGUUCUGAGCCAUUAUUUUCAACAAGAAAGUUACUAUCCUUGGUGGAUCACUUCUCAUCAUAGUUCUUAGUUGUCUGGCUGCAAAGUCUUUACUGAGCAAGUACCAAUGGAUUCAGACAAGAAUUCAGCAAAUCUGGAAUGACUUAUGGUGGAAUUCAUGUGUCAGAACUUUAGUUGAAUUAUUUAUUGAAAUAUCAUUUGCUUUCUUCCUCAAUUCACUAAACGUCAAAUUUGAAAAUUUAAGCAUAGGGCUCUGAUCAGUAGUAAUGAUCUUUUUUGGAAUUUUUGUCCUGACAUGUCCAUUUAAAACUUUGGAUCUAAUUGUUAGCAAUCCAAAGACUCUUAGAAGAAGUAAUUUUAAGCAGAAAUUUGGGACCCUGAUCAAAGAUGUGGACCUAAGGCGGACUUGUAUUCAAAGAGCUUAUUACCCAAUCAGGCUGUUUCAGAGGUUGAUGCUGACUUUCAUUCUGGUGAUGUUUUAUGACUACCCUCUGUUUCAGCUUAUUUCUUUCACAUUAAUACAGUUAACAAUGUGUUACUACGAAUUCAGGUUGAUUCCAUUAAAAGAUGAACUACACAGAGUCCUAGUUUGAACCGAUGAGGUCAUCAUUAUGGGUUGUCUGGUCUUUCUGUACUACUUCCACUUAGUACCAAGCGAUAUCACAGAGGAUACUUUCAUGGCCCUGGCUCUUAUUUGCAUUAUUUUCCUCAGCUUUUUCAAAACUGCUGUGAUUAUUUUAAUAACCUUUAUCAAGAGAUCAAGCGAUUGGAUUGAUGUCAAAGUUUUUAAGAUAAUAGCUAAAAACAAUAUGAAAUCAAGGAAUAAAAAGAAAAAUGUUGUCAACAAGCAAUUAAGCUUUGCAAAGAAUAGCCUGAUUGUUCAAAUUAGGAAUACGAGCAAAACACCAUUCCUUGAUAAAUGUAUUAAAAAAUCUCCUUCUAUCAAAAGACAAAAAAUUAGAAAAUUCUCAACCAACAACCCCACCUACAAAACACCACCCCUAGUCCAAAAUCCAAUUCCAAACACAAUAACAAGCUCCAAAACCAUCUCAGAGGUCUCCUUCAAACCAAAAUCCAUCCUCAAAGAUUUAACCUCCACCAAAACCCUCUCCUCCCCUCCAAAACCCUUCCACCGCCGUGUAAAAUUCCUAGAUCCCUCGAAUCCCCUCUAAAUUCCCUUUUACCAUAUCUUCAACCUCUCC